UUAUGGAGUUUCUUCUCUGCCACACGCCCCAUUAAAGCAUGUUAAGAAUUCGGGCACACAUUUCGUGCGUUUCGUGACCACAGGAGUGUGCUGUAGAAAAGCCUGCUUUGUUUUUAGGACUGAGAGAAAACACACCCGCGCGCACAUCCCAAAGCCUCUAGUUUCCAGAACUUUAAAAUGUAGAAGAGGGGUUGUUAGCAACUGGAUAUUAUAAUAUUCAGCAAUUGGCCAGCCUGCAAAGAACAAGCGUCCAAAGGAACCAGGAGAGAAUAGGAUUAAACCUGCUAACAAAAAAGUAAAACCCAAAACCCCCAAAUUAAAAGAGAGAGAAUCCACAGACUCCUCCCCAAAGAUCCACUCUAUAAUGACACAAGUGAUGGAUAAAGGCCGUUUCCAGAAGCCUGCUGCCACUCUGAGUCUUUCUGCAGGACAGAGUUUAGAAUUGCGGUGUAAAGGAAAUAAAAUUGGGUGGAGCUAUCCUUCUUAUCAUGAUACCUUUAAAGACUCGAGGCUCAGCAUCAAGCAACAUGACAGAUAUGGUCAGCUGAUCCUGGGGAAUUCCACUGCAGCAGACACUGGUGAAUACAGCUGUUGGCUGCUACUCUGCAAUGGCUACACCUGCAAGAAGGAUGAGUCACGAACAGGCUCAACAUACAUUUUUUUUGCAGAUAAAGGGGAGCUCUUUGUUCCCUCUCCCAGUUAUUUUGAGGUUGUCUACCUCAACCCAGAUAAACCUGCAGUGAUUCCUUGCAGAGUGACCAGCCCAUCAGCAAAAGUAACACUGCACCAGGAAUUUCCAGCAGAAGAAAUUAAAGCAGAUGGAAUCAAUAUUAUCUAUGACACGAAGAAGGGCUUUGUCUAUCAGCACCCAACAUCCGAUCAGAAAGGAGUGGUUUACUGCAGAGCUGAAUCACACGGAGCUCCUCAGAUUUCCAUUAAAUAUCAACUGCUUUAUGUUGAAGUUCCCAGUGGCCCACCUUCAACUACAAUCAAAGCAUCAUCCAAUAAUGCAGAAGGUGGUGAGGAUAUUAAUGUUCUCUGCACAGUUUUGGGGGAGCCAGAUGUAGAAGUGGAAUUUAAUUGGAUAUAUCCAGGACAAGAGUAUGAAAGGCCUGUGAUUAUGCAAGAUUCUUGGAGGCUGAUCGACAGAGGAAUUGGUCAUACCACAAGAAUCUCUGAGAGCGUUAUUACUAUUGAAGAUUUUGAAACCAUCGAUGCUGGAAACUACAUUUGUAUAGCUCAGAACCUUCGAGGACAGACCACAGUAGCUACCCAAAUUGAACUGAUCUGACAUACUGAGGUCUUUGGAUAGAGAGUGGACAGGGAAGGUUUUGGAGAAUUAUUUAUGGCUGACUUAACUUUGAACUGGAAAUAUGAUUUGUUCCCACUCAGUACAUUCCAUUCUUAUCACAGAGCUGUAGAAAUAAGCAUACGGUUAUAAGAGAGACAUAUUGACAACUAGUGUAGCACAGUGGCUAUGAAACUAACCUGUGAACAGGGAAAUCCCUGUUUCUGGUCAUGCCCUGGGGAGGCAAUAAUAUUUUAUAUAUUAUAAUUAUUAUAUUAUAUAUAUAUUGUAUAUAUAAUUAUUAUAAUAUAUAUAAUAAUUAUUUUCCUUAUUUCUAAAUCACUAGGGAGUCCUAUGCACACAACUGUCCUUCUCAGCCUCAAUUUCUAUUAUCCUAAUGGGAAAAAUACUGACCGACAGGGUUGUUUUUUAAAAUGAAGACUGCCAAAAAUGUCCAGCACAUUUUAAUCACACCAAACACACUAUAUAAAUGUUACACAAUGUUUAAGAGUCACUUCUGGUGGUCGCGGCGGGCAAUGGGGGGGGGGAUUACACAUUUAAAGCCCUGAUGAUGUAUCUGUGACAGUACUACUUAAGUCAAUAGGUUCUUAGAAGAUAAAAUGAGAUAAGAGAAAAAUACAACAUAUUUUAAAGUCUUGUUCCUUAAUGUCUUAUUGUGCUAACACACACAGGAAAGAGAAUAUCACUUGUAAUAGUCACCCACACAAUGAUAUGUAGUACAUUGGUAUGGAAUUUAAAUUGUAUUCCUCUGUAAAAAUAUUAUUUUCCUUUUCUCAGUAGCAUUAGUAAUUAGCAUUAAACUCACAGCAUGUGUGAGUUUCAAUAUGUCAUCUUUUGUAGUUGACUCUUGCUGUAGCAUCACAAAUGAUUAUGCUUUUUAAAAGACUGAACAAAUAAAGUAUUUUGCAACUA